CCGUUACUGCCGUCAGAUUGGUCGCAAUGCCUGAUAGUCGGUAAAUCUGGUUACAGUAUUGAUCAUCAGAUCAUUUUAUCGGGGGUGUUGGCGUAGCCGCUGGGUUAAUGUUUGAUAACAGAAAGCCCCUAGAAAUGAUCCUGUCAUCUUGCGCAGCUUCAUGUAUGUCCUGAUCAUCGUCAGCACUUUAACUGUCGCUGCAUUCCUCCCUCCGCUGUGUUAAACCAGUCACAGCACGGACAGUAUUACAAUGGACACAGAUUCCAUCCACUCUGGUUAUUCUCACCACUCCAACAGGUCACGGGGGUCAAACAAACAGAGUGAACGCAGCAGCAGGGAUCGGCACAAAUCACACAGCCGAGACAGCAGCAGCCGCUCAGACAAAAAUGUCACCAUCAGUGCAUCGCCAGCUCAGCCACAACAGCCGGAUCAGAGCUCCGCCCCCACAGACGCCCAGGAUGACAACUGGGGCGAAACCACCACAGCGGUCACUGGAACAUCAGACCACAGCUUGUCUCAAGAGGAUUUGGCUGGCUUCGGGAAGGAGACAGAAGGUCCAGUAGAGAAAUUGAACUGUGUACGCUUCCUUCCUUUGGCCCUCAUCCUCCUCCUAGGCCUGCUGGUUCUGAUCACCCCCCUGUCCUUCCUGGUGCUGCCCCAGCUGAUGUGGCCGGAGCGCCUGCAGACUUGUGGUACUGCCUGUGAGGGCCUGUUUCUCUCGCUGGCGUUCAAGCUCCUCAUUCUGCUGCUGGCUGGUUGGGCACUGUUUGUGCGACCGGCACAAGCCUCCCUGCCCCGGAUAGCAGUGUUCCGCGCCCUGCUGGGGUUGCUCACGCUCCUUCUGCUGCUCUCCUAUUGGCUGUUCUUUGGAGUGCGCAUCUUGGACUCGCAGGAUGAGAACUACCAAGGCAUAGUGCAGUUUGCAGUAUCAUUGGUGGAUGCUCUGCUGUUCAUCCAUUACCUGGCAGUGGUUCUGCUGGAGAUCCGACAUCUGCAGCCCUGCUUUUCUCUCUGUGUCGUGCGCUCCACCGAUGGAGAGACUCACCACUAUAACCUGGGACAGCUCAGCAUUCAGCGGGCAGCCCUGGUAAUUCUUGAACACUAUUAUAAGGAUUUCUCAGUUCACAACCCUGCCCUACUGACGGCUGCAAAGUCCAGGGCAGCUAAACAUCUGGCUGGGCUAAAAGUCUAUAAUGUAGAUGGUGCUGGUAGUGAUACUGCAACCUCUCAAUCUCGGGCUAAAAUAGCAGCUGCCGCCCGACAGAGAGACACCAGCCACAAUGAGCUGUACUACGAGGAAGCAGAGCAUGAUAGAAGAGUCCGAAAGCGCAGAGCACGGCUGGUGGUGGCAGUAGAGGAGGCGUUCACACACGUUAGACGGCUGCAGGAGGAGGAUAAAAAGAAGCUGCCAGGAGAUGAGAUGGAUCCACGUGAGGCAGCGCAGGCCAUCUUCCCCUCCAUGGCUCAAGCACUGCAGAAAUACCUGCGCACCACCCGUCAGCAGCACUGCCACAGCAUGGACAGUAUUCAGGCCCAUCUGGCAUUCUGCAUUACAAACAACAUGACUCCAAAGACCCAACAAAACCGCGUCAGCAGUAGUGCUGGGCGAUAUACCAGUUCAAACGACAGCGUUGUGGAUUGA